AUGGAGUCGAUAUUGGACUUUAGCAAGGAGCUCGACGUCGGUCUACUGGACCAGGUUGUCGAGCAGUUCUAUGGUGGUAGGGGCAGUGCUGUUGAGCGGAAGCAAGCCGACGAAGUCCUGAAAAAGUUUCAGGAUCACCAAGAUGCGUGGGUACGUGCCGGAGACAUUCUCUCAAAGGCGCAGAGUCCUCACUCGAAAUACCUAGCGCUCGCGAUUCUGGACAAACUUAUUCGUCACCGUUGGAAGGGCCUGUCGCUAGACCAGCGCAAAGGAAUCCGUAAUUUUGUUGCCACGAUGUGCGUGGAAUGGAGCAAUGAUCCAGCCAUGUUUACCUCCCAGAAGGCUUUGCUGGCAAAGGCCGAUCUCACUCUUGUUCAGAUCCUCAAACAGGAGUGGCCCAAGAAUUGGCCUCAGUUUAUCCCGGAAAUCGUUCAAUCGAGCCGGAGUGGUCUGGAGAUUUGUGAAAACAACAUGACCAUUCUGAGGUUGCUUUCCGAGGAAGUGUUUGACUAUUCUGCCGAGCAAAUGACCCAGGCUAAAAUCAGCAAUCUUAAAUCACAGCUUGGUGAGGAAUUCGGCCAAAUUUUCCAGCUUUGUCUGGAAGUCCUGGAAAAGGCUUCUCGCCCAUCUCUUAUCGAGGCUACCCUACGCGCUCUCCACCGUUACCUUAGUUGGAUUCCGCUAAAGUAUGUCUUCGGGACAGAAGUAAUUGAGCUUCUCGUCACAAAAUUCCUCACUCCGUUCGAGACUCGCAAUAUCACGCUCAAGUGUUUGACAGAAAUUGCUUCCCUUGAAUCAGUCGAGCACGACCCGCAGUUCUAUACCAUGUUCGCUGCCUCAAUGCAGAAGGUGUCUGAAGUUAUCCCCGUGACAACAAAUCUGCGAGAAUUAUGGCCCAAUGCUACUACUGCAGACCAGGAUUUUAUGCAAAACCUGUCACUAUUUUUGUCGAUCUUCCUCAGCCAUCAUGUUCAGCUGAUUGAGGCUCGUGAUGAGGGAUUGUUGCAACUCUCUCAUCUUUACCUGAUCAAGAUUUCCGAGGUUGAUGAGCGUGAGCUUUUCAAGGGCUGUCUCGACUAUUGGUCUCGUCUUGUCUUAAGCUUGUUUGACGAAAUCAAAACAUUGGCGUACUCGGAGACCGACCCGGAAGUCCAGCAGUAUCUGUUGCCAAGCUUUAAUGGUGGUGGUGCUAUUGACCCAGAACUACUCACAGGAUAUCCACUCCGCAAACACAAGUAUGCCGACAUUUUGUCCAAGUUGCGUGUAGUUGUGAUUGAGCAUAUGGUCCGCCCCGAGGAGGUUUUGAUUUCCGAAAACGAAGAUGGUGAAAUUGUGCGUGUAGUGUACCAGGAAUCAGACACCAUUAUCUUAUACAAGAGCCUGCGCGACAUUCUUGUCUAUUUGACUCAUUUGGAUGUUGUAGACACUCGCGACAUCAUGACGGCCAAGCUCGAUCGCCAAAUCGAUGGGUCCGAGUGGUCUUGGAAUAACCUCAACACGUUGUGUUGGGCAAUUGGAUCUAUUUCAGGCACAAUGACUGUGCAGCUGGAAAAGCACUUCCUAGUUGUUGUUAUCAAGGAGCUUCUGGGGUUGACCGAUCAGAAGCGGGGCAAAGAUAACAAGGCCGUUGUUGCCAGUAAUAUCAUGUACAUUGUUGGUCAGUACCCGCGCUUUUUGCGUGCUCACUGGAAGUUCCUCAAAACUGUUGUCAAUAAGCUGUUUGAGUUCAUGCAUGAGACCCAUGAGGGUGUUCAAGACAUGGCUUGUGAUACUUUUAUCAAAAUCACCGAAAAGUGCAAGUCGCACUUUGUCGAGAUCAAACCAGACGAGAGUGAACCUUUCAUUGAUGAUAUUAUUCGCAACAUUGAGAACCAUACGAUGGAUUUGGCACCUCAUCAGGUGCAGGUGUUUUACGAGGCGUGUGGGCACAUUGUGAGUGCUCAGCGCAACACGCAAGCUCAAGACCACCUUCUGGACCAGCUCAUGGUUCUGCCAAACGCCGGCUGGAACGGCAUGGUUCAACAAAUUGCUCAGACUCCCGAGAUCCUGGCCCAGAACCCUGACAGCGUCAAAAUGCUGGUGGGGGUCAUCAAGACCAACACUGCAGUAUGCACUUCUCUUGGUGCACCGUAUCUUGCGCAGCUGGCCCGGAUUUUCACCGAUAUGCUGGGUCUCUACCAGUUUGUUUCGAAACAAAUCAACAGUGCCGCGGCGGCCAACGAACAGUUUGUAUUGACCCAUUACUCGCGGCUGGUGCGUACGGUCAAGCGCGAGAUUUUGAAAUUGCUCGACACGUACUUCCGCCGAGCAACUCAGCUUGAACAAAUUGCUCGCGAGAUUGCUCCACCCUUGUUGGCAACUGUGCUGACCGACUACCAGGAGUCCGUCCCGCAGCUGCGGGAAUCUGAGGUGUUGGCAUGUGUCUCAAUUUUGGUAGAAAAAGUUGGUUCGCUCGUGUCAAACGAUAUGGUGCUUGGUAUUUUGGAGAAGGUGUUUGAGUGCACGCUUUCUAUGAUUGCUGGUGAUAUGACAGAGUACCCGGAGUUCCGAGUGGAGUUCUUCAAGUUGCUGCGCACCAUCAAUCAGCACUCGUUUGCCACCCUGCUCCAACUGCCUAACGAAGUGUUUGCUAACACUAUCAAUGCUUGUCUGUGGGCCGCCAAGCAUGAUAACCGCGACGUCGAAGGCGUGGGCCUGUCGUUGACUCUGGAGAUCGUUCACAAUGUAGUGAAGCUCAACAAGCCGGAGGUCGCCGACCAGUUCUUCCAGCAGUUUUCGAGACUCAUCCUUGGUGACACAUUUGGUGUACUUACCGACCCUGAUCACCGCUCCGGCUUCACCAUCCAAAGCGAUAUCUUGGCCACUUUUGUUGAUCUUGCAGUCAACAACCGGAUCACUAUGCCGUUGUAUUCUGAGGGCGACGCGCCACCCGGCACGUCUAAUGCGCAGUUUUUGCGAGAGUAUCUGGCCAAGUCGCUCAAGAACGCGUUCCCGCACCUGCAGGACCAGCAACUUGCUGCGUUUGUCGACGGCAUGUUCAAGCUGUACCAAGACCGGGACAUGUUCCGCUCGCACCUGCGCGACUUUUUGGUGCAAAUCAAGGAGAUCGGCGGAGACGAUACCGAGUACCUGUUUACUGAGGAUCGCGCCAAGCUGAUCCAAGAGCAACGUGAAGAGCGACGAAAGCUGGAGAUGACCGUGGGGGGCUUGGCCAAACCCAGCGAUCUCGAGGACGCGGAUUUAUAG